CGGUUCGACGAUGGAAUAUGAAUCCGCGCGGCGCUGCGAAGCACAUCAUGAGGAAAUCUGGAAGCGCAAUCGCUCUCCGUGUCGCCAGAGCGUCGGAGAUCGUAUAUAAGGGCUUCGCGACCAUUGUGUCUGCAACGAUCCGUCGCCAUGUUCUGGUCGUCCGCUCUCAUCCUCGGGCUCGCGCACCUCGCUGCCUCCAAGCCUCUCGUCUCCAAGAGGUGGGAUGACUUUGGCGUGAAGCACGCUUGGGUCGAUGUCCCUCGUGGAUGGGAGCUCCACGGUCCCGCUCCUGCGGACUACACUUUUGACAUGCGCAUCGGUCUCAAGCAGGACAGGUUCGACGACCUUGUCGCUGCUCUUUACGAGGUCAGCGACCCCGCCCAUGAGCGGUAUGGUCAGCACCUCUCUAAAGAGGAGGUGGCAGCUCUCAUUGCCCCACAUCCCGACUCCGUCGACCUUGUAGAGUCCUGGCUACACGCCUACGGCCUCAGCGCUGCCAACUCUGAGCGGUCGCCGUCUGGAGACUGGAUCACCAUCCGCGUCUCCGUAGCCCAGGCUGAGAAGAUGCUGGGCACGAAGUAUAACGUCUUCCGUCACAGCAAGAGCGAAGACUACGUGAUCCGUACCAUGAACUACAGCUUGCCUAACGUCCUUCAUGAGCACGUCGCAGUCGUCGCACCGACGACCUACUUCGGUACAAUGAAGAGCAUGAAGGCGACGAGCUUCGUUAAGGAGAACGCGCCGACCAUCGAGAGCGAUGUUGACGUCGCCCACCUUCUUACUGGCCCCAGUUCGCUCGCAACUGUUCCAUCGAGCUGCUCGAGCACGAUCACUCCCGCGUGUCUCCGCGCGCUCUACAACACCUCGAGUUACGUUCCCGCCGCCACUGACAAGAACAUCCUCGGUGUUGCGGGCUAUUUGGACGAGUUUGCGAACCGUGCGGACUUGCAGACAUUCUUCAAACGCUUCCGGACUGAUGCUGUCAAUUCAUCAUUCACCACUGUCCAAGUUAACGGUGGCGGCGAUGAUCAAAGUGAUCCUGGUGUUGAGGCCAAUCUCGAUAUCCAGUACACCGAGGGUAUCUCGUUCCCCACCCCCAACAUCUACUACAGCACUGGUGGCUCUCCGCCCUUCAACUCCGACGAAAAUACUCCUACGAACACCAACGAGCCCUACCUUGACUGGCUGAACUUCAUCCUUGCACAGGACACGAUCCCGCAGACGUUCACCACAAGCUAUGGCGACGACGAGCAGACCGUUCCUCUUGAUUACGCCACUAGCGUGUGCAAUCUUUUCGCACAGUUGGGUGCCCGUGGUAGCAGCAUCCUGUUCAGCAGCGGAGACGACGGCGUCGGCGGCGGCGACUGCCUUUCCAACGACGGCACGAACACUACGAAGUUCCUUCCAAACUUCCCUGCCUCCUGUCCAUUCGUAACGACCGUCGGUGGCACCAUUCGUAUCAACCCGGAGGUUGCCGUUAGCUUCUCUGGUGGAGGCUUCUCAAACUACUUUGCGCGCCCCGAUUACCAGAGCACCGCUGUCUCGACGUUCCUCACCAAACUCGGUAGCACGAACAAGGGCCUGUUCAACACAACCGGCCGUGCGUACCCUGACGUUGCCGCCCAAGGGGAAAACUUCCAGGUCGUCAUUGGCGGGCGCGUCGAGUCUGUUGCUGGAACAAGCGCUAGCUCCCCGACCUUCGCCGCGGUGAUAUCUCUCCUGAACGAUUUCCGUCUCUCGCAGGGAAAGUCGCCUUUGGGUUUCCUCAACCCGCUCAUUUACUCGACGGGCGUUCCUGGCUUCAACGACAUCACCUCCGGCACGAAUCCCGGCUGCGGGACCAACGGCUUUACGGCGGGCGCCGGGUGGGACCCGGUCACCGGCUUGGGCACGCCAGACUUCGGCAAGCUGCAGGCUCUUAUCGGGUGA